AUGGCAGAAUUGGCAGAAAUAGCAGAAUUACCAAAGUUUUUUAUUGCUUUUAAAUCAGUCAAGAACCAGAAAUACCUGGUCUACCACAAAGACCAAUCCACCCCAACGUCGCCACAUUUACUCCAAUUCUCUGGAAAGGAUAGUCACAGCCAAUACGCAAGGUUCAAAGUAGAGACGGACGUAAACCAACCCGGUCUGGUGCAUAUAAAAUGCGACUACAACGACAAAUACUUGAGACUGGCAAGCGAAGACAGUUUGUGGAUUGUGGCCGCGGCUGACAAGAAACAGCCAAAUAAAAACCUGGGGUCAUGUACACUCUUCAAACCUGAGCUUGUGGAAUUCCGGCCACCGUACAAAGUAUACAAGUUCAUCCACGUGUACAAGGGAAGCCCUAUAGGGCCAAAAUCUGGGCCCGGCUUCCACGACAUCCUCGCUGCAGAAAGCGAAAACCCUGCCUUGAUUGUCGAAAUUGUCGGAAAACAUACAGGAUGA